CGUAGUCAAUCAGCAGCGGAUUCAGACGCAGUUGUCACAGAUUUGAACACUGCACCUUGAACGCUCUUAUCUUUUGAACAUCGGAUUUUUGUCACAGUCCACACAGUUUUGCAGGUAGACAAGGCACUUCAGGCUCAAGCAUGGGAGAAUGGGGAUUUCUCUCCAAGCUGCUGGACAAAGUGCAGUCUCACUCCACAGUGGUUGGGAAGGUGUGGCUCACGGUCCUGUUUGUCUUCAGGAUCAUGGUUCUCGGGGCUGGUGCUGAAAAGGUGUGGAGCGACGAACAAUCAAAAAUGAUCUGCAACACGAAACAGCCUGGUUGCACGAACGUAUGCUACGAUCACACCUUUCCCAUCUCCCAUAUUCGCUUCUGGGUUCUUCAAAUCAUCUUCGUGUCCACGCCAACACUUCUAUACUUCGGCCACGUCCUGCAUGUCCUCCACAAAGAAAAGAAACUGCGACACGAGAUCGAAUCCCAUGCUGAAAAACAAGGCCUCAAACAGCCGAAAUAUAUAGACGAUUACGGCAAAGUCAUAAUCAAGGGCCAAUUAUUGGGUAGUUACCUAGCCAGCCUGUUUGUGAAGAUCUUGCUAGAGGCCGCGUUUAUCGUUGGCCAGUAUUAUAUUUACGGUUUCAUAAUGAUCCCGAAGAUCGAAUGCUCCCAGUCUCCUUGCCCUCAUACAGUUGAGUGCUACAUGUCCCGUCCCACAGAGAAGACCAUCUUCAUCAUCUUCAUGCUGGUGGUGGCGUGCAUCUCUCUGCUUCUGAACGUGGUUGAGAUGUUCUACCUGAUAUGCCGCAGGUCAAAGAGACACCGCGCCGCAAAGAUGACUUCAUUUCAUAAAGGUUUAAACGGAUCCAAGGUGUACAUUUCAGGAACUUCAAAGUCUAGCAAAUCUUAAGGGUUUAAAAUAUUAUUAUGCUUGAUGUUUAGAGCUUGGCCGUGGCUAAAUGAGACUAAGAUCUGGGAAUUCAAAUUUGUUUUGCAGAGUUUUUGUUUUGCUUUUAAAUGAUGCCCAGCUAACAGCUAGCAUUUUAAAGUUCAUUUAUUUUCCUUUAGCUUAGUCUCUUUAUUUAUCAGGAGUUGCCACAGUGGAAUGAAGCACCAACUUAUCCAGCACAUGUUUUACACAGCCCUUCCAGCUGCAACCCAGUACUGAGAAACAUCCAUACACUCAUUCACACACAUGCACUAUGGCCUAUUUCAUUCAUUCAUUCAUUUUCUUUUCGGCUUAGUUCCUUUAUUCAUCAGGGGUCGCCACAGCGGAAUGAACCACCAACUUAUUCAGCAUAUGUUUUACACAGCGGAUGCCCUUUCAGCUGCAUCCCAGUACUGGCAAACAUCUAUUAACUCAUUCACACACAUACACUAUGCCAAUUUAGUUUAUUCGAUUCAUUUAUACAGCGUGUCUUUGGACUGUGGGGGAAACCAGAGCACCCAGGGGAAACCAUUCCAACACAGGGAGAACAUGCAAACUCCACAUAAAAAUGUCAAAUGGCCCAGCCGGGACUCGAGCCAGCAACCUUCUUGCUGUGAGGCGGCAGUGCUAACCACUGAGCCACUGUGUCACCCAAUUCUAACGUUACACUAUUAAAAUAAACGUUCCUUAUUGGCAUUGACGGUUCCAUGAUGAAAAAGACUCUUUAUAGAAAAACAUUUUCUUUGGAGAACCAAAAUAUGUUCUCCAUCACUGGGAAAACAAUAGUUCCUCCUGGCACCUUUGUCUGUAAAAGUGUAUAAAUGUUUGUCUUCCACACGGUAAAAACAAGUUGAUUCAACUUAAAAUUUAUAAGGACAUUUUUGAGUUUACUCAACUUACAUUGAGUCAAGUGCAGUAACUGGGUUGAAAGUUAAGUAAACUCAAAAAUGUCAUGAGGUUUUUUGCUUUAAAAAUUUAAGAAGUCAACUUCUUUUUUUUUUUUUUACAGUUAAGUAAAAUUAAUAAAACAUUUAUCCGGUGUCUUUAAAAUGUUCUCAAAACAUAAAAACAUCAUACUUUUUUUGUAAAACAUAUUUUGAUCUUAAACAUUCAGGAACAAUAAUAUUUCAUAACUUGAGAAUGCUAGUUCAGUUGGCUGGGAUAUUUUAAACAACGUUUGCACCAAAACUAUUGUUUUAUAGGAUAUUUCUGGUAAUUUAUUUUGUAUGAACUAUUUUUAACUUCUGACUUGUCAUAUAUCCUGCCAUUUAUCUCAUCUGAUAACAUGUGAUAAUAGUUCAUUAUGUAACAGUGUUAAUGCUUUUAUUUUUCUCUUUCAAUUUGGUUAAAGCUAACCUGAUGGAGGAAAGCAAUGAUAGCUAAUGAAGGCCUUGCUUUUUAGGUCAAGCUAAUUUCUGCAUUCAUAUGUAUAUUAUGCUGUUAAUCCUAAAUUGUUUACUUUCUUAAAUGUAUAUACAAUGCAUUUGUAAAUAUGUGUAAUUAUGUUUUAGCUUUCUUAAAACAUAAUAAAGUAUUCCUCAGGUAAA